AUGUCAGCGACUACAGAACGAAUCACCAUUGGUGUCGUGGGCAGGUCAGGGUCCGGCAAAAGUGCAACUCUGAAUUCUGAAUUCCAGGUCGGCGAGAUCGCGCGAUAUGGUGGAUCGGUUUCUUGCGUCACCUUCACCACCAAUCUGUACUGCGGGAAGAGAACAGAUCAGAUCUCGCCGUUGCUUGCUGAAGUUUUCUUCUUCACAGAAGCCGAUCGGUACAAAAUGAUUUCGAGAUGGAUCCACGACUACGAUAGCGCCGCAGCUCCCGACCCUACGCAGAGAAUGAUGGCCACUGCCGCACAGCUGAUGGUAUGCCAAGCGCUGGAGACCAUUUUCAAGGAUCAUCCGGAGUGCGAGGACUACCGCGCUGUUUAUCGCUUCUUGGACGACGCCAAACCCGGCAACAACGGAGCUAUUGGCGCGAAACUCGUGCAGUGGUCCAACGACUUGCUUGCGCGUACUAUUGGAGCGAAAAAGACAAUCACAGUCACUGGAGUCCACGCCACCGAUCUGUUGACUCAGCUCAGGCCGUACGACUCCAAGAUGCGCGAAGGUCCGUCUUUAUGGCCGUUCGUCUCUUUGAUCCGUUUUCAUGUCGAUAAUCCACUCACGGCGAAAGGUAUCCAUUUCCUGGACACUCCUGGGCAUAUCGUGUCGGAUUUCACGCGCCAGUAUAACGCAGCAAGAUACCGUCUGAGGAUGCGACAUCUGGGCAAAGAUCGAGUCGUUGUCGUAGUGACGAAGACGGACAUCAUCGGCGAUCAUUCCAUGUCGGGCAGCCUGCGUGACGAAGCUCUUGCCCGCAAAUUCAAAGACCGCUUAACGCAGCUGGAGGCUGAAGAUAAGUCUGUUGACAUCGACAUGGAGGAUGCCCUUGAGGCGGGUAUUCAGUCAGGUGACUUGAGCAACUAUUUUGCCCCGAGAACUCGACACACAGAGUUGAAGACUAUGGUUCGGUGCGCCACAGCCCAAGAGAAGGUGCACCGUAUCAAAAUGCGCGGCGAGAUAAUCUUCAAUGCGCUACAACCGGACUUGUUUGGUUACACGGAGUCUCCCGUUCCAGUCUGUUCAGUCUCGGACUCCGAGUACGCAAAGCAUGUCGACGGCUACGAGGCGACAUAUGACAAAGAACCAUUCAUGUCAUUGGAGGAGACGGAUAUUCCUAAUCUGCGGCGGCUGAUCGGCACCUUUGUAUAG